AUGCCUUGCAAGCAUGCAAUUGCUGCCAUUGCUCACAAAAAUGAAAGGCCAGAAAAUUAUUGCAAUGGUUGGCUGACAACAGGUGCAUACAAUGCUACUUAUGAGUUCUAUGUACAACCAACACAUAGCCAAGAGUUCUGGGAGGCUACUCCAUACCUGAAGCCUGUUCCACCACCAAUGAAGAGAAAACCUGGGAGGCCAAAGAAGUGUAGGAGAAGGGAUAGCACAGAGGCAACAACAGCUGGGGGCACAAGGUUGAGGAGAACAUAUGUUAACAUUCAGUGUUCUAGGUGUGGUGGAGUCAAUCAUAACACUAUAGGCUGCAUGAACUAUGGUUGUCCAGUAAUGCCUACAGGAUGGGUUCAACCACCACUUGAGGAAAAUGAGGGAAAUCAAACUGAGAUUGAUUUAUCACAGAAUGCACCACCUGAGGAAAAUUUGUCUCAGCCUAUCCCUCAGCCUGUUACAACCAGAAGGAGAGCAUCAAGACAAAGAAAGAAUGAAAAUGCAGGCUCAUCAAAUGAGGCCACAACCAUUAGGAGGGCACCAAGAGCUAGGGCACCAAGAGCUAUAGCACCAACUGCUCCAACUCGGGCUAUAGCACCAACUGCUCCAACUCGGGCUAGGGCACCAAGAGCUCCAACUCAGCCAAUGACACCAACUGCUCCAACUCAGGUUAUGCCACCAAGACCUCCUAUGCCACCAAGAGCUCCAGCUCAGCCAAUGCCACCAAGACAAAGCAUGAAUGCUAGCCCAAUGCCUGCUGGAUUUAGGCCUCCUCCAAUGCCUGCUGGAUUUAGGCCUCCUCCUAUCAGAGCCAGAGGCACAGGAAUUGUUUUCAGGCCCCCCCGCAACAUAAAUAUGUCUUCCACUCCAACAACUUCAGCUAGCCCUAUGCAAUUUCAAGUCAGAAGCUCACCACCACCAGGUCCUGUCCCUGCUGUCUUCAAUGGAGCACAAAUGACUUUCAUGCCUACCCCCAAUUUCCCAAUGAAUGGCCAGAACAACAACAACUAA